AAGCUGCGGCCGUUCAGAAAGAUACCGUCUUGCUCACUUGGCGAUGAGCGGGCCGCACCGACUGUCGCUGGCCGACGCGCUCGAGGAGCCUGCGCCCCAUCUCUUUGCUGUUGCCGUCCAAGUGCUCAGCGGGACGCCGACGCGGUACGUCUUCCUCGUCGCCUUUCACGGCCACGCACCCUGGCGGCUCGUCGCGCGGUACUCGGCCGUCCGCGCCUUCCGCAACCGUCUGCGCAGCCUCACGCACAAGGCGCCGUGCCCGAGCCCGCAAGACCCGCUGCUGUCGCUGCUCGAGUUUGAAUUUCCGUCGCGACGUCCGUUUGCGCUGACGUCGCCGCACGUGCUCCGCGAGCGCCGCGACCUCCUCGAGACGUUUGCGACCAAGCUACUGAACCUCCACGCGCGCUGCCUCCAGAACGGCCGCGGGUCGUGUCCGAUCGCGGAUGAGAUCCGCAGCUUCUUCGGCAUGGACAAUGCCACGGACGGGCAGCUGCAAGCGCACCGGUACCGCCAAAACAGCCGCUUGUCGCCGCGGGGCGUCUCGCCUCGGCACGCCGCGUACUACUGCGUCUCGCCGCGUCCCAAGGCCGUCGUGCUCGGGCACGAAGUGACUUGAGGCAACAACACGACAUGCGCAGCUGGUAGUCGCCGUUCUGCGUAAUGUAGCGCACCCACGGCAGCGCCUGGUAGCCCGACUUUUCAAUGAUCUUGAGGUACCGGAC